AUGUUUUGCCGCCUCAAGUCAACCCCACCCUCUUUCUUCUCAUCUCUCAAUUGUUCUUUCCACCCUGCCACUAGAUCAUUUUCAUCUACAUCCGCAGCCAUGUCCGGAAACACCAAGGCUUUCUUCGAGAUCCAGUACGCCCCAGUCGGCUCCAGCGCUCCCAAGACUGGCCGCAUUAACUUCAACCUCUACGAGGGUGACGUCCCCAAGACUGCUCGCAACUUCCGUGAGCUCUGCUCCAAGCCCGAGGGUGAGGGAUACAAGGGCUCCGGUUUCCACCGUAUCAUUCCCCAGUUCAUGCUUCAGGGUGGUGACUUCACCCGCCACAACGGUACUGGCGGUCGCUCAAUCUACGGCGAUAAGUUCCCCGAUGAGAACUUCAAGCACAAGCACGUCCGCCCCGGUCUUCUGUCCAUGGCCAACGCCGGCCCCAACACUAACGGCUCCCAAUUUUUCAUUACCACCGUCGUCACCUCUUGGCUCGAUGGCAAGCACGUCGUCUUCGGCGAGGUCGCCGAUGAGGCUUCCAUGAAGGUCGUGAAGGAGAUUGAGGCCCUCGGUUCCUCUUCCGGUGCCGUUCGCUCCUCCGUCAAGCCCACCAUCGUCAACUGCGGUGAGGAAUAA